GGAGCCAACAACAAAGGCACAAACAAACCGAGGAAAAUACCACAAAAAUAAAACCGUGCCAACGCUUUCCGUCAUCCGGGUUAUUCAAUCACUUACUGAAAGCAAGGACGACCGGACACAUUUGAGCUGGUUAGGUUUUAACUGAUGAGUCGAGUCCAGUCCAAGUCCGGUCGCUCCUGCUGGUCACAGAGAAACCCGGCUGUAAACGCGCUAGCAGUAGCUGUAAUCCAGGCUGGGAAUGCCUCGCGAUUCUGGAGACGCGCGCGCGGAGCCAGCGCGCCCUGCCAUUGGCUGAAUUAAGUAAACACGGUUGUGUCUGAGGGGGGCGGCUGAGAUAAAAAGCCGGGAACAGGCGCCCUUCCACGGCAUUUAGUCCCUGCGUUGGUCCGGAGGAGCAGCAGUCUCUUUAAAGUCGGUUAAAAGCUCCACAUUUGCAUCGCAUGGACAGAAGGGCGAGUGGAGAGCUGUGAUCUGCCCGCUCUGCAGCGCCUCGACUCGGAUACACCGCACAGUUUUGGAUCCUCACAAUCAAGAGGAAUGUGGCUUCUGGAGAAGAUCCGUGGCUCAGUGGAGGGUAACGUGCUCAGAGGGGGUGAGGCUGCGGACAAGCAAGCCAAGGCACCCACCCACAGCAAUGUGCUCACGCCUGACAAGAUCCCUGACUUUUUCAUCCCACCCAAGCUGGUGUGCUGCCCCCCAGAGGCUGACACGCCCGAGAUGAAGCCCAAGAAUGGGCUCCACUCAUCCACCUCCGAGCAGACCAUCUGCCGCAAGACGCCCCAGAGUGGCUCACGCAGCCCCCGGCUCAUCUGCAAGCUGGCUGGGGACACUAAGAACCUGCUAAAGGCUGCCAACCGCCACAUCAUCCAGAUUGAGAGCGCGGAUGACUUGGCUGUAGGAGAAGUGGGCGACUUGACUACCAAUGCUGACCCACAGUCCCAGACGGCCAUGUCCCUGCCCUAUGUACCCAAAGCACAAACCUCAUAUGGGUUUGCUACACUCAUGGAAAGCCCCCACACUCGUCGCAAGGAAUCCCUCUUCCACAGUGAUCCCACUAGCCCCUUAACCUCACCUAACUCUCAGCGCAAGACACAAUCAGGCAACCGCCUUGACCCUGGAGACUGCAGCACCUCACACCCCAAUCCAUACCGCUACUUCAGUGGUGGCGAGAGCGAUACCUGUUCAUCAGCCGAAUCUUCACCUUUCAACUCACCCUUGCUGUCCCGUUCAGCCUCCUUGCUCAAGAUGUUCACUCAUGAGACACAGGCCAAAGUGUCCCGGGCCAAGCGGACAUUUGCUCGCCACUCAUCACUGUCUACAGAUGAGUGCAGCUCAGUGGAAACCAGCCCCAACAUCCAGCGCCGCUUUCGCUGCCCUCCUUCGCCAGCUGCAGGUGGCCGCAGGGUUGGUGGCAGCAAUGUGGAACGCCUCACCCAGCACACGGUGGUCCUGCACAAGAAUGGUACACUGCGCCUCUGCACGGACUAUGACACAGAAGCAGCACGACUGAGGGUACGAGUGCUGGCCGCUGAAGACCUCUAUGAUAAGCAGGUGGAUGUCAAGAGCAUCAACUGUUGCGUGGCACUCUACCUGAACCCUGGCAAGCUUCAGAAACAGCGUAGCAACAUCAUCAAGAACAGCCGCAACCCUGUUUUCAACGAAGACUUCUUCUUCGACUCUUUGCCCGCCUCUCAGGUGAAGGAUCUGGCCAUCAAGAUGAAGGUGGUAAACAAAGGCACCAGUCUGAAAAGGGACACCCUUCUUGGUGAGAGAGAGGUUCCCCUGAAGGAGCUGCUCACAGGAUUCUAGUACAAACCAGCCUUUCUGAGCACAAAAGGAGUUAUGAAAUAACAGAAGUUAUAAGAAGGGGGAAGGCUAUGCCUGAAACUUCACCUCCUUCCUAUCUAACUUCCUACAUGCCCAGUUGUUAAUUAACUGAGUUGUUGUUUAAUUAGGUACACCUAAGCUUGUAUCUAGAGUCACUGGCCAUGUUGUCAGAUACGCCUACUGUAUCAAUGCACUUUGUAGGUACAUAGUUACUGACUGUAGCCCAUCUGUUGCUGCACAAUUAAUCAGUAACCCUCUAGCCUGUCCAUCAAUAUAAAGGGAUAAGCAUAAGACCAUGUUGACCAGACAUUAUUUGCAUGGUGAACCAAUCUCAGCACACCAACAUGUUACAAACAAUGGUGGCAUAAUAGUGGAUGGAAGUGGAGUAGACUGAAUAAUUUUUUUAUCAAGGUCCUGGUUGGGGCUGGCACCAGUGGUCCCAGAGCCAUUGCAGAGACACUGCUAAAAUGAGGUUCACAAGUCAAGCCUACUUCACUGUAGCAAAGUCAUUAGAAAAGUACCCUCUAUUAAAGAAUGAAAAAAAUUAAUUUUACACGCAACACAAUUGAAUAAUCUCACAUUUACAGUUACUAUAACAACUGACAGCGAGUAUUGACUAAAUAACCAGGAGCAUAUCUUUCACAGCACUAUGCGUAGGUGUCUAGGGUGAAUUGUUGAAGAUUGUGACUUUCUUUCACAGUUUUUUUCACAGCUACUAAGUAAGUAGUAGCCUACACCAAGAAACUACCGCAGCACAGCUAAGUUCCUACAAUCUGCAAAGAAGGCCAAGCAGGUCAAUGCAGUGUUUACAUGUUGCCAUUGAAAAAAAUGCUGUUCCUUGCCUUAUUGUGAGAUGCAAGCCUUUGGCAUCUUGGGAAUCAUCCUUGGUUCCAGUUGAAGGCCCUCAUGAUGCCCCACUGAAACACCCUUGAUGGAUGGGUAGGAUGACUAAUAAAUUGAGCAGCAACAGAUGGGCUACAGUCUGUAAUUGUGUACCUAAAAGUCCAUCUAUAUAGGUGUUUCUAAAAACAUAGCCAAUGAGUGUAGUAGUCCAACCUAAUGACCUGGAAGCUCAGUGCAUGUUCCGUUUCCACUUUCUGAUUCCUGUAACAAAUCAGAAGCUAGAGAUGGAAUAUGCCCCAUCUAUCCAUAAAUUAGAAUUUAGAAUUUAUUAGAAUUCUACAGAUAACUGCAUGUUGAAGGAGGAACUUUGUAGAAAGUUGUAGUACAUUAGACAUGGACUUGGAUCCUGGGUACACAAAUUGUUUUUUUUUUUCUUCCUGCUGCAAGAGGUCACCUUUCCAGUUUGAGGACAGACAGUGCUUACAGGUUUUAGUGUGUGUGUGUGUGUGUGUCUAUGCAUGUGUCUGUGUCUUUAUGUGUGUGUGCUGUGUGUGUGUGUCUCUAUGUGUGUCUCUAUGUGUGUCUCUAUGUGUGUGUUGUGUGUGUGUUGUGUGUGUGUGUGUGUGCAACUGAGCAGGGUGUGUGUAAAUGUUUAAACGCCUUUGUAAAUAGGACUUGCAACCAUAAGUGUGCUUUCAUAAGUGUGUGUGUAUGUGAGUUUCCUCUGUUUCUGGUCUCUGGGUUUCUGUGUUUAGGGAGCUCCUCUGGAUCACUAUGGAUACUCACAUCUGUAGACAAGUCUGUACAGCUGAUACAGCCACUCUGUACCCAGCGCAUGUACAAAGAGGCUUUGAAGUGCCGUAACAACAGAUCCAAAUGCAUGCUUUAUCCUUGGGUUAAAAUACUAAACAUGUAAGAGAGAAAAAAGACUGCAUUUUUGGUAUCACUGUACUGCCAGAUGUUCCCUGUUAGCCUUUUCUUGGACCUUAUCACUAGGGCAUGCGAGUGAUCACGAUAUUGAAUUGUUCCUGCUUUUAGGAUUUAAGUUCUUUGUUGAUCGUGCUAUUUCCGACUACUUCAGCUGAGUAUUUUUAUGGAACAAAAUCACCCUCCAGCCUUACGAAUGACAAACUGCACAUAUCGACUGAUGACUAUACAGUAUGGACAUCUUUUAACAUCAGGACUUGUAAGCUAUUGCUGUAAAUAAUGAGCUGGUUAUGGUGUACAUUUGUAUGUUGGAACUUCAGUGGACCUAUACUUGAGUAUUUGUACAAUGUUUUGGCAUGUUUGUUGGAACUUGUAUGUAGGCAUAUCUGCACGGAUAAUUGCAUACUGGAAUUUUUUUCUUUGUUUCAUUUUUUUCUUACCAGAUGUUGAUUAUAUUAGCAGUAAGUGAACAGGUAUUGGUUAAAACUGUAUACAUUAGUGUACACAUCUGUAUUACUGUUUUAUGCAAUUGCAUUUCUUUGUCCAUAACAAAAGAUUUCAAUGUAGCAGGUUUUAACUUUAUAAUGUCAUAACAGCACUGGUAUAAUAGGCCAACAAUGGCUAGGACUCCUCAUAGAGCCUCUUAUUUUUCAUUGAUUCGGAAAGCAUCUUCAGUGAGAGCCUUGAGAGCUCUUUAAUCAAAUUAGCACUCAAGUGUCUGUACUGUACAGUGGGGCACUGAGAAAAGCUAAAGCCGCUGUUGGCUUACUCCAUGUCAGUCUGUCAGUAAUUAAUGACAUGUCAGUGCUGCUCUUUGUUUGCUUUGGUAAAUGCUGGAUGUCUUGUAGGAGGUAUGUCAGAAUGGGAUUCCUGGACCAUAGCCUGAUUUUGGCUUGUUGUAGGUAACAAGGGAGGGAACUAUUAAACAGGAUUAGUAAGAGA